AUGGGGUUCAGGGAGAGGUUUAUCGAAAUGAUUUGUGAUAUAGUGAAUAACAACUGGUACUCGGUUUUGGUAAAUGGGCAGCCGUAUGGUUUCUUUAAAUCUUCCAGGAGAGUAAAGCAGGGGGAUCCGCUGUCUCCCUCUUUAUUUAUUUUGGCUGAGGAGUUGAUUAUGGAGGUGCUCACAAAGUAUGAGAAGGCAUCUGGGCAGAAAGUCAAUAAGGAGAAAAGCGCAGUAUAUAUGCAUCACUUGGCGGAUCCUGUAGUGAUGGAAAGGGUGCAGCUUGUUACCGGGAUUAGUAGACAGGAAUUUCCUUUGACAUACUUAGGAUGUCCAAUCUUUUAUAGCAAGCGGAAUAUGUCAUUUUACUCGGACCUCAUUCAGAAAGUGCUGGGUAGAUUGCAAUCCUGGAAAGGGAAAUUACUUUCUCACGGGGGAAGAGCAGUUCUUAUUUGUUAUGUGUUACAAAGCAUGCCGAUUCAUUUGUUAUCGGCCGUCGACCCUCCUGAUUAUGUGGAACAACAAUUGUUGAGGAACAUUUUGCCUGCUGAUUUAGCUGAAUACAAAAUAGAAAAUAUCCAAAGUUCCAUUACAGCUGCUGGAACUGGAUACACCAUACUGAAUGCUCGAGAAUACUGGAGAAUUCUCU